AUGCCCAUCCCUGCUUUGCCUUCAAACCUCGACGAAGAGCGAGACGAACCACUGAAGUCGAUUGAGAUAGGCAGCGAUUCCAAUGAGCUGACUCAGCUGCAACAGCGCCUGGAAGCGGAGCUGGAGAAGCUCGCGGUGCGGCUGAGAACAGUGGAGGAACGCUUAGGUGUUGAGCCAGAGAAGCCGACGUCCGAGAUGGCGGAGGAUCAGCUUACCCCCGUGCCCGUUGAGGAGAGCGCUUGGAGUAUCCCUUUGGUGAUCGGGCUUGACAACACCGGAUGGCUGGAUACCUUGGCGGCAGUGGUGCUGGUGAUGGUGAACUUGGGGAUGCAGUUGGCCUUUUCAGGCAUCUUGCUCUCGGAGGAGUUUAUGGGGGGAUGCCUUCGAAAGCCACCUCGAGUUUGCCAAGAUCUGGCGCACUAG